GUAGAAGCAGACAAACUUCAGCCUGCUGAAAAAAGCAAGGUCGACACCUGGCAUGGCGGUUGGCUGAGUGGCUUUUGACGGCACAUGUUGCAAAGCCAGCUCCCCAGAUAAGUACAGCGUAUGCUCAUGCUGGCGCUCCUUCCGAGCAACCGUUAAGACUACCACCCGACUUCAUUAGGACACACCACAGCAUGGGCAACUGCGGCAGUUCGCUCAACUGUGCUCAGUGCUUCUACCCAGAACCGCGACGCAAUUGUACGACGGAGAUAGAAGUCAACGCGGACAUUGCAGGUAUUGGUGUACUUACGUCGCUCUACUUCAGCGCCUGGAUUCUAUCAAUCGUCAUCGUCUGGGGCUAUUUCAGAAAAUCGCUCCCCUCGGAUCUGCUCACCUCCACCGAUCAUUAUAUUGUUCAGCUUUUGAAACGCCGUUUGAGUCCUUUCUCCGACGUAGACGUGAAGUCAGAACAAACUGCGGUGCAGAGAAAGACUAGCGGUGUUGUGACCGGCUUCACGAAAAUACUCGGCGAUCAGCAGCUAAUCUCGGGCAUUGCCAUACUCAGUGCGGGCCUCGCAAGUCGCUGCAACAUAUCUUUGUACGAAUUCAACAUCGUGACUUGCCUCGCAUAUUUUUGCCUGUGGACUCACCUUGUGUCGCUUCAAGUGCUCCGCGGGUAUCUCUACACACACACGUUUGUACGCGCAUGGCGGAUUGGUCUCACUAUUGGCCUCUUUCUCCUCUUUGGGUUCUCUUACACAAUCAACACAGCCACCUACGAUGUCGAUUUCGGAGAAAGCUCGCGCCUAAACAUAGGUAAUAUGUUUCAGUGCGUCUUUGAGGCGCCUGAGUACAUGAAGUCCGUGCGUUUCGACGCAUGGUAUUCUGUUACCCUUGUUGGUACUCUUGCCUAUCGUCAUGUUCUUGCAAUCGGGGACUUAUUCUUCCCUCCGGAAACGGAUACGAUAAACGUCCUCAUCAGCCGCAUCACGUCCAGGUUCUUGAGAAAAACUGGGUUAUCCCAGGCUGAACGACGCGAAAUAGUCGAAAACUCAUUUGCGAAAUACUACGACUGGCUUCGCCCACCCAAGGAAGGGGACAAUCGCACUCCGAUAUCAAAAUGGUAUUAUCUCCAAAUCUACUUCGAUUCGUACUUAUCGUCAAUCCCGGCCCUCUUCGCAGGCAUGUCGUACGGGACUGUUAGUACGAUCCAGGCUGUAUGGGGAGAUUUUGACACUACUGGGCUUGAAAAACUCGGCUUUGGACAAAUCGUGGCAUUGGGUCUUCUCUUGCUGACACUACUUGCCGCUGCUGAGAUUCGAAAUGAACAGUCCAUCAUCGCUUCUGUAACAAAUAACCCGGACCCAAUGGAACUCAGCGAAACACCCGUACAGGAUGAGAUUGAUAAUACGACUAGUGGAGAGACCUCAAUCGCACGGGAUGUGGCCAUUAACGCCAGUGAUCCCUGCAAGGAACGGUACUUGUGUUUCGGCGUGACCAAGCCGAAAAGCGAGCUGCAUAGGCUUACUGCAAUGGUUUCGACACCCGAUGACUUCGAUGACAGCCCGAUCAUAGCCCGCAGGCUUGCGAUGGUGUUGGGUCGCAUCUGGGUCGCCCACACGCUUCUUUACACGUACGUAGGACUCGGCUGGAAUUUUUCGAUGCUUGAGCUCAGUAUCGUCACACUCAUGGUAUUGUGGAAAAGCUUCCGAGUGCUUCUUGUCUUCAAGAGGAUCCACGACCAGACCUACUUCGUCAAAAUUGAGGCCGAGGUCAGAAUCAGAAAAAACAGCAGAUUAUCAUCUUCCUCACGGCAACCACUUGUCUGUGCUAGUUCGACUCAACCGAGAGCCUCGGUGGCUUCGACACAACCUAGCAUGGGGCAUUCAACAUCUGUGUCCGGUCCACCAUCGCCCUCUAUACACCCAUAUGGUGCGACAGGACGGAGCGGCUCGAGCUCCUCGUCACACCGACGAAAUGAGAAUGGUUCUGAUGCCGAGAGUCCUAUACAUGGGAGCCUCCAGUAUCGAGGUCUGUUCCCGUUUACACCAGCAUGAUGCCUCUAGUGGGUCUCGAACUCGAUACUAUGGAUGUAACGCAAAGACUGCUUCCGUGUCAGCGCCUUGGCCUGUUUUUCAGCUCAUCUCGCGGUCUAAUGUACAACAUCUCGAUGUGUAGGGAUCCGCACUUACAUAGACUUAUGCCGACACUUGAUUGUGGCUAAAUGCGGACAUGAGAUGCCAAGCAAAUCGAUAUCUCUAUGCACAUGAUCCGCGGAGCAGGCUGCCAUCUCUCAUAAGGAAAUAAGCUUCAGCUUAGUUAGAAAUUUGCCUUUCAAU